UGAAAAGAGGCGGAUGAAGGCGUACCGCUGCCUCGUUUUCCUUGGCUGCUCCGUUCCUACCCCCUGGUUCCCCCCUCCCCGUCUCUGAUUUUCCCGUCCCUACGGCGUCCUGCUCUGCUGGCGGUGAGUGCGGGAGGGGGCUGAGGUUCGAGACGUUCUUCCGAGCUCCCCCCUCUUUCUUGAAUGAUGCUAGAAGCUUCCUACAUGUGCCUUGAACUACCAUGACAUCAUGGCAAGAUUUCGUAGGAGAACGUGCAUCAUUUUGCUGCUUUUUAUUUUAUUUAUUUGCUCCAUAAUGAUGGCUUUAAAAACUCUGAGACCUGAAAGAGCUGGAUUUGGAGAUCCAUUUGGCCUUGGGCUUUUACCAGAUUUUCAACAACGAACCACACAUUUAAAAAAAAAGUUCAGUGUGCAAAACAGAGCCAAGGAAGAUAGCUUCACGCACACCAAAAAUUUGCACAGUUUGACAAUGAAUAUGAAAACACCUAUGGUUCCAGUAGGAAAAGUGGAACAGGACCUUCCUUCUCCUAAUUAUGAUUUCCAUGUGUUUUACUAUAGUUGGUUUGGGAAUCCACAGUUUGAUGGAAAAUAUAUUCACUGGAAUCAUCCAUUGCUGACACACUGGGAUCCCAAAAUUGCAAGUGGUUAUCCAAAAGGAAGACAUAACCCUCCAGAAGAUAUUGGGUCAAGCUUCUAUCCUGAACUUGGGCCUUAUAGUUCCAAAGACCCUUCUGUCAUAGAAUCUCACAUGAAACAAAUAAGCUCAGCUUCUAUUGGGGUAUUGGCUCUUUCUUGGUAUCCACCUGGUAUGAAUGAUGAGAAUGGAGAACCUACUGAUGGCCUGGUACUUACUAUUUUGGAUAUCGCACACAAGUACAAAUUAAAGAUCACUUUCCAUAUUGAGCCAUACAAAGACAGAGAUGAUCGUAGUAUGUACAACAAUGUCAAGUAUAUCAUAGACAAAUAUGGAGAUCAUCCAGGUUUUUACAGACAUAAAGUUAGUACAGGUCGAACCUUUCCCAUGUUUUACGUUUAUGAUUCUUACAUCACAAUCCCUGAAAUGUGGGCAAAUCUGCUCACUGUAUCAGGUUCCCAGAGCAUACGCAAUACACCAUAUGAUAGUUUAUUUAUUGCCCUUCUCGUAGAAGAAAAACAUAAGCAUGAAAUCCUCAGAAGUGGCUUUGAUGGAAUUUAUACAUACUUUGCAACAAAUGGCUUUUCUUAUGGCUCAAGUCAUCAUAACUGGCCAAGUCUGAAAGCCUUUUGUGACAAGAACAACCUAAUGUUUAUUCCAAGUGUGGGUCCAGGUUAUGUAGAUACCAGCAUUCGACCAUGGAACAACCAUAACACCCGGAACCGUGUCAAUGGAAAAUACUAUGAGACUGCAUUCAGCGCAGCACUUCUGGUACGACCUGAAAUAAUUUCAAUUACCUCUUUUAAUGAAUGGCAUGAAGGAACACAGAUUGAAAAAGCCAUUCCAAAAAAGACUGGAAAGACAGUUUACCUAGACUAUCAACCACAUAAACCAAAUAUUUAUCUGGAGCUCACUCACAAGUGGUCUGAAAAAUACAGCCAGGAAAAAGAGCAGUGGCUUACAUGAGAUAUUACUGUGUUUGUUUCUGAAUGGAUUCAGCCCCAUAAGGAACCUGUCACACUGUGUCGUGUAUAUUGCAGAGAUUUUAACUAGUUAACUUACUCUAUACCUUCACUAAAGAAAAUUUUUACUUUGAGGAGUAAAGAUAACAAUGGCAAGCAAUACUAGCUUCUUGGAUUCUUACAUAGCAUAUUGAGAAUAUAUUUGAAGUGCUGAAUACUGUAUGUAUUAAUAUUCUGUAUAGUAUGAAUAUUUUACUAGUAAUUCAAGUAGAGAGGUAUAGAACUUUGGCUGUCAUCCAAACAACUGCAUAGCUCUGAAAGAAACUGGGGUUCUGAAUUUCUCCCUUCCAGGAAAAAAAAACUGCACUCCCCAAGAAGCUUCUUCAAAAGGUAAGCAAACUUUAGUAGCAGCUUCCAGAGCAUUAGGUGAACUGGAAACAAAGGAAAAUGAACUAUUGUGAAUCCUUCAGUGCUUUAGUUCAGGCCUUGGAGCAACUGUGAUCAACCUUCUGCAUCCAUAAUUUCUUAAAGAUUAACGUGUAUGUGGUGCAUGAAACAGUGUUUGGUAAAUUGCAGAUUCCCUUAACUUUUCUGUGCAUCAUUAAAAUGGAUGGGAACUAUACAACACCAGUCUUUUUUCUGCCCAGUGUCCUAUUUUAUAUUCUUCCUAGAAGCAGGAAAGUUUUUGUUUAUAUUUGUUUUGUCUUUUGGUGGAAAAGAUGAGUGAAGUGAAAUAGUUGUGAUCAUCAUAGUUGCUAAUACUUUGUUAUGAAUGACAGAAGACAUAUUUAGUAUCCUGUUAAAAUGUUCCCGCUUUUUAACUAAGCAAUAUUGUGAGCAAGACUAGAAAUUUGAAUCUGUAUUAAGUUAUCACAAAAGGAUAAUCUGAAAUGGAAAAGAAAAUCACCUAAGGAGAGAGAAAUAAUUUUCAUCAAAGAAAAAUUUCUUUGCAUUUUUUAAAAGAAUGCUUAAUAAGACUACUUUUUCUUUUGGAAAAAUAUUAUUUGGAAACUAUAUAAAUUGCCAGUCACAAGAGCACUGCAGAAGUUAAAAUAAGAUAGAAGUGGCCUUUUCCCUAUCCAUUCCCACCUUAAAAGGAGAUGCCAAAUAGAGGGAGUGGGAUGUGCAUGUGCACAAGGCACCAAAAUUAUAUAAUGGUGAUAAAGGCAAAGGAAACCUUAUAUAAUUGUACAUGUGCUUAAAGUAUGUUGUCCUCUCACAGGACUCAGAAUGUGUUAACAGUCGCUUGUAUGAAAGCACUUCCAUGUUCAGAUUUUAAUUGUUCAUUGUACUUCAGUAGACAUGGGCACAAAUUGAAAUACGAAUCAAAUUUCGUGAUGAAUCGGGCCAAUUCACAUAUCGCGAAAACACAUUUCGUGGGGCCAUGUUUUUCAUGAAAUCCACAACUUUUGGGCCAAUUCAUUAGAUUCGUGAACGCUUUGUGAUGCCAGACAGGCUGGCGCCAAUCCAUUGAUUCCCUAGGCAACAUAGGCCCGGAAUGCCUGCAGACCUUUUGUUGCCAUGGAAACCCCAAUCUUAACCCACAUAACCUUGAUAGGCAGCUCUCCCUGCCAACCUGAGAGCUGAGCAAUGCGAGUCUGUGCAAGUUUACCUGAGAAUUGUAGUUAGAGACUCCUUCCCCUCCCUGUUUCCCUUCUCCAUUUUUAAGAAUGGGGGGUGGAGUAGUGGCAGUCGCGGCAGCCUCAGCAGCUCCUUCUGCCACUGCUCACUGCUUGCCAGCUUCAGGAACCCUUUCCUGACUCUCUGCUUCCCAUCCUCCUGCUUCUCUGACAUGCCUUCCCGCCCCCAAGCUCCCCAGAGCGGAUCCUGAGUGGAUCUGCUCUGUUUGGCUUUUCCUUUGAGAACUUGGAGGCGGGGGUGGGAGGGCAUGUCAGAGCAGCAGGAGGAAAAGAAGAAAAAGUCAGCAAAGAGAACCUGAAGAGAAGAAAACCCAAGCAGAUCCGCUCUGCUUGACUUUUCUUCCAACAGCGGCAGAAAGCAGGAGCCCAGGACGGAAAAGUCAGCAAAGAGAGCUACUUGGAAGAUGGCUAGAGGAGACCCUGCUGAAGUGUGCCAGUGAGUUUGGCAUCUCUGGGUAUUAAGGGGACCAUUUUAGGGCCCCAGGAUCUGACGAAUCAUGAACCUAACAAAUCAUUUCACGAAACAGGACAAUUUCAUGAAAGUUCGUGUUUCAUGGAACGUAACAAAUCACGAAACUCAGAGUUCUUUUUUUCCCAUUUCGUGCCCAUCACUAUUCUUCAGUGUAUGUUCUGCCUUCUUCCAAAAGCUUUCAAUGUGGUUUAUACUAAAAUAACUUCUAAAAAGCCAAUUAGUUGGUAACAAAAUCUAUCUUCAUGUGACAUUCUUAGUUACUUAGACUUCUCCCUUAUGUGUAAACUGUUCUCAUGGAGGGGGAUUUCUGUAUGGGGGUCCUUUCAAACAUGCUCCAUCACUUGCAUUCUGAAGAGACACAAUCCUAUGAGAGGGCUGUACCACUAGAACGUCAGUGCUUUGAAUCUUUUCUCAGUAAUAGGUAACAGGACAUUGUGGUCACAGUGAGUGCCUUCUGAGGUCUAAAAUUAAAAGUGCCUCUCUUUUGUGCUCUCGUGGCACUUGUCCAGAUCUAAUAUAGCAAAUCCUCAGAUAUGAUGCAGUGUGUGUAUAUUAUGUGCUUGUUUUAGCAGUUUUCAAAAGUGUGCUGUGCUACAUAGUCUAAAAGAAAAGGGUUUUUUUGCAGGGACAUGAGGGCUAUGGUGUUUUAUUCUGACAUAAUUUUGAUGCUUUGUUCUUGAGUUGUGGCCAUACAGUUGACCUGAUUUGACUCCCAGGGAACUUUGUGGACAUUUUGUUGUAGUAAGCUGGAAAAAGUUGAAUACUGUACCCUGUAUUCCUUUAUCAAUCACUAACAAAUGUUCAGGAUCUUAUAUGAGUAAAAUUCAUACUGUCCAUAUGCACUGAAACUGUAAAUAUAAUAACAUUCUGUGAUUUAUUUUCUUUACAAAGCCUCCAUAUUCAGUGAUUCUGCAGAAAUAUUUUGAGGAUUUAAAAAUAUGCUUGUAAGCUUACUGAAACCAUUGGCCAGUUUUAUUUAUUAAAAUUUUUAUUUUUAACUCAAAGCAGCUUAUCAUACUCCAUAAAAGGUGAGCCAUAUUGGCGAUGACUCACCUUUUAUGUUGGUGCAGAUGCAGUCCUCCUGGCCCUCCCCAGCUGCAAUUGACCAGGGAAGCGGCAGGAUGGGCGGGACGCCCACAGUGCCCUCCCUAGGAUAAGGCCAAGCCGGGGGGGGGCGGAGCCAGCAAUGCCCAGCCCGGCUGCCCUGCACUUCCUCUACCCAGAUCGGAACAUGGGAGAGGGGGCAAUGCCUGCCCAGCCACCUUGUCCUCCCCCACCCUGAUCGGGCACUGUAGAGGAGGCAUUGCCCGGCCCCCUUGCCCGGCCCUUUCUAGAGCUCGUUUUUUCUCCACAACAGGCUUUGUUGCUAGUGAAUUAAUAAUGACUAAAAAAGCUUAAAAAAUUAUAAAACACAUAGAUAACCAAUAAUUAAACUGCAAAUAUAACAACCCAGUAAAACUGCUUAGCAAAGUGCCUGUGGAAAGUAUCUAAAGAGGUGGGUCUAGUUACCAUUUUUGGAAGACUAUUUUAAAAAAUAGAGCAACACCUGAGAUCUUUGCCUUCACUGAACAUACUUGCCAAAAAGAGAAUAGUAUCAAAAAGGUCUUUCUAGGGAAACACGGCUCUUCCAAUAUUCGAGUCACAGAUUAUAAAGAGCUUUAAAGGUUAAUGCCAGUCCAUAAAGAAAUAGGAAUCAAAUUUUGCAGUUUCAAAACAGACAUUACAAGUGGGGAACCUGCAAGAACUUGCAAGACUUACUUCAUUUUAUCCGUAUCUCCUCCAAGCUAUUCCAUCUCUCUCUCUUCCUGGCAGCAUCCUUAAAACCUCUCAUUUUGCUGCUUUCCUUCUGUUUCCCACUCACCAAUAAAGCUUUGUGUUAUCUGCCCCUCACCAUCUUAAGCUUUAUUUAUUAUUUAUUUAAUUUAUAACCCACUUUUUUCCUUAGUUGGGAGCCAAAGCAGCUUACACCACUGUCCUUGCCCCCAUUUAUCCUCACAACUAACCUGUGAAGUAAAUUAGGUUGAGAGAGUAUGACUGGCCCAAGGUCACCCAGCAAGCUUCCAUGGCAGAGCAGGGAUUUGAAUCUGAGUCUACCAGAUCCUAAUCUCUACAACAUACUGGAUUUCUGUUUUUCUUCUUUCCAUCUCCCUGGUAACCUCUCCCCAGGAAAAGUCUGGCCAAGUUGCAAAGGUUAUGAGAUAGCAAGUCACUUAGGUAAAUUGUGUGGUAGCCACUGAUGAGCCUGGCCAAGUUGGGCAAGUUUUGUUGAGGUUGUGCUAGCCCCUGGCAAGUUGUUUGGCAUAAAGUUUUCUGGUAGCCACUUCCACACCUGGGUGAGUUGCUUGAAUUGCAUGGUUGCAAGUAGUCCAGUGGUUGCUGCUGCUAAACAUGGACAAUAUUUCCCAGGUGGUAAUACUAACUUUCUAUAUUUGUACUGAAAAAAAUGUUUGAGACAAGCAAAUUAAUAAAUGAUAAUUGUAUCACUUACUAAUUUCUAUUUGGUUACAAGAACAAACUAUUGAAGUAACUGGAGAAUCAAUAAUAAUAUAGUUGCAGUAAUCUUGUAUUUCCACUUGACAGCUGAGUAACUUAGUGAAUUUGAUUGUUUUAGUAUCUUUGAUUUGACCAGAAUGGUUUAUGUCCAUAAACACAACACUUAAAGUAAUGAAUACUUUGAGGAUCUCCAUUCAUCUAUAAAUGUUUAAAGGUUUGGGAAUAGCCAUGCUCUUAAAUCUAUUUAACUAUUAUUGUUAGGCACUUUAUGUAUCCUCAUCAAUUUAAUGUUUUCUUUAUAUGGGUGUUUAAUUUUUCAUGUUGCAUGCUUUAAAAAUAAGACUUUAUAAUUUGUUUGUUUCCUUUUUAAAAUUGCAGUUCUCAUCCGUCGUACAUUAUAGAAAGUUUAGGAAGUGUUAUAACACACUACAAUAAUACAGAGUGUUUCAUCUGAAGCUUUCUCAUAUUAAUUGACUGCAUAGAGUGUGUGAGUACAGUAAUAAAAUCUACUGUUUCACUGGAAGGGGAGAGUAACAAAUUCCAGUGCCUUCAUAUCAGAAAAUCUAGCCCCUAGUCUAUAAUACCACUGAUAAGCAGGUAACCCAAUAAGAAUCUAUGUAAGCACAUGUUCAAAGAGUAUUAGUUCACUAUAUAUACUUUGUCAAGGCCUUGCUGCAUCUCAGAAUAAAAACCCCUUUAUAUAAAGCCAGUUAAUAUUCUUCAGAGAUUUAUUCUCUGAUUGAAUCACUUACGUAUUUCCAACCAGAUCUGCAAUAAAUGUAAAGACAACCUUUCCAAGUUAAUAUUUUAUUAUUUGUUUUAUUAAUAUAUCUCUAGGCUACCUUUUCUUCCAUACAAGGUCCUUUCUUGUAUAAGGGUCCAGUCAGUUACGAAUUUUAAUCUUAUCUACCCACCAUUUUUAAAUGAAUACUUUUUCUGUGAAACAUCUUACAAGUUGUCAUGGUGGUACAACAAAUAACAUGGAAUGCUUGAUUUUAGAGCUUAACAGUUCGACAACAGAGCUACCGGUUUUUAUGAACAUGUGAGUUGCUUACAGAUUCGCGCUUCUUUUUCUGUCAGAACCAAGCAGGUGUCCCAACAGUUAUUUCAAUAAAUUAUGUGACAAAGAAGUUGCAAAAAGUUGUGAAUGUCUGCCUUACAUGAAACAAAAUUAUUGUAAUUUACUUUAUAAGAAAGAGCUGUCUGCAAAAUUAUGUUGUACGUAAGUCAUUUUGUAAUGUACAUAGCACUGUUGUUGAUAAAUGAAAUAAAUGUUGGAGGCAUCUUCUGCACAUUUAUGCUAAAGGCUUAAAGCAGACAAACACUUUAAUCUGAACAAAAAUACAGAAAUACCGUUUUGUGUAAUAAUGAAAUUUAUAUAAGAUUGUAUAGUGUGUAAUAUUAAUUUAAUCUCUUCUUUACAAAGAAGUUUGUUUGUAACUUCCACUCAAAGAAUGUUGAAUAGUGUAGGAGACAGGCUGUUUCUUUUGUUAAAAUAUGCUGGUGCCCGCUUAAAUCAUUUUUUGGAGUGGUACUUUAUUGUUUUGUGUAUUAUUUUGAUCACAUUUCCAAAACUUGAACUGUCAAAUGCUGUCUAAAAUGUCUUAGUCUGUACAAUUACAUUUCAUUAGAAAAUAUGGUAUGUUUUUCAAAUGUCUUUCUGUAUAUAGUUCAAAAAUGUAAAGAAAUAAUAGCCACAAUGA